CAGAGGAAAUGAGCUGAGCAAAAACCACAUGAGAGCAGCUCAUUUGGUUGGCAUGUGUUAUGUUUAGGUUUCCUGUGUAUACAUAUCCAGAUAACUGACUUAAGCUUUUCAUUUGAGAAGAAGGGAAAUAGAUACAUUAUGGGAGCAUCUUCCUCUGGCUUGUUGGAUGAGGCUAAAAUCUGCAACAUCAAAGGACUUGUCGACAGUACGUUCCAGAGCUUCAGUGUGUUUUACUGUCAGCAGUAUUCUGCUGCCUACACGGGACAUUUACACCAGGAGGUGGAGCCUAAGAAAGAGGGGAGGGGCCUAUUGCUCGCACACGGGCCUCAGUAUGCUCCAAAGGAAGCACUGUACCAAGGGAGUGUGAAGUUCUCCUGCUGGGAUGAGCAGGGGAAGAAAUGCAGAGAGAGAUUUAUUGUCCUAAAAAGAGACUACAAAGUGGAGAUACAUGAAAACAUGGCGACUUUCAGUCGUGGAUGUGCAGCAAAAUUGGUCCUCCAGCCAGCAGGGGGCAGGGUGUUCACAACAGAGGAGGAGUCCAGAGCUCACCUGGAGCAAACCUGUGCUGGAAUACUCAAUGGAGUGAAGGAGGAUUCUUCUUCGGUGGUAUCUUCUCCAGAUGUGUUUGCUGUGUAUCUUCACCUGCCUUAUAUGGGCCACACCUGCUUCCUGUUCCAACAGGAAGAGGAACGUGAUAACUUCCUGUCUGCCCUCAAGACCUGCAUUAGACACGGCAAUCUUGACCCCUGGUGUGAUUCAUCGUAUGAAAACCAGGCUUACGUCCGAGCCCUCCGACUCUACCGACAGGACAAAAGAUGCUAUGAAUCCUGGGAUAUUCUGCUUGGCACUGAGGAACAAGUUCUGGCCUCCCAGGUGAUGGAGGAAGUGUUGUCAUGGUUACAGAGUCAGCUUCAGUCCAGAGUGAAGGGAAAAAAGACUGAAAGGAUUCGACAGUGGUUGGCAACAGUGCAGGCUACCUACUCUUUGGUGCUGGAACAACUCACUGCAAGUCUGGAGGCUCUGAGGGAGGAGUGUCGUCAGACAGCAUCCGCCAAUCAGGCACUGAUCAGAUCCAACCUGGACCAGAUAAUGUCUUCUCACUGCUUCCUGCGGGAGAAAGUGAAAGCGUGUAUGUGUGAAGAAGCAGAGAAAGUGUGCAGUGAGUCUGUAGCACCCUACAUGUCCUCCAUACUUGAAGCACUUACAGAAAACAUAAGUGCAGGGAUUCAGGGGAUGCAACACACACUGCACACACAGAUGGACUCAGCCUUCACACACACAAACGGAGGAACUGAGACACAGAAGGACUUGUCCCCUCUGCGCUCCAUCAGUCUGGAUCAGUGCUACAGGCAGGUGGAGAACCUGACAGAGAAACUUGAAAUCUUAAAAGAGCGGUUUGGAUUGAGCAGCACUCAGAGACUGGUUCACUCUGCACACCUGGAGAUGGAAAAGCUGUUGGACAGCGCUGUGUACACAUUAGAGCUGUUCCUGCAGUCAUCAGCCCGACUGCAGCCUUCUCAAAUUCCUGUCAAGAUGGAACGAGCUAAAGAAAGAGUCAUGAAGCAGCUGGACUAUGACAGCAGAGUUGUCCAGAGGAGGCUCUAUCAGGAGGCUGUACUGGAGAUCACUCUGCCUGCUCUCACCAGGAAGAUGGACAGCAAGUGGAAAAGCGAGCUGCAGCAGUUCGAGCAGUACAUCUUCUCAGACUACACCAGUUUCAUCCUGGUUCAUAAUGUCUAUGACGAUGUACUGAGAAACAUCCUCAGUAAGGAGAUAGAGACAGUGGUCCUGGAUGCAGCCAGUAAGAAGAGCAACAGGCUCUUAUUGGACACUUCAGAUCUGGCCAUUAGUCAGUACAGUCUGCUGGAGCAGACACCACCUCGCUCUGCCCCAGGCAGCCCGGCCAUAGCCGCUCGAGACUCCUCCUUAGCAGCCCCCAGUGAAGGUAAAGAGCCUGCUCCGGUGGGGGAGAAGGGACGUCAGACAGUCACAGCUAAGGUUUGCUCUCAGAGUGACCCAGAUCUUAACGCUGAUGCCAAAUCUGAGCCCAGUAUCACUCAAAGUUGUGACCAGAGCACAGUGCUUCUGUCUCCUGAGAUUGUCGUGACACAACAGUUUGAUGAAUCUGCAACCGAGGAAGCCCGAGAAGAGGUCCAGCUUGGAACCGACACACCAUCGACAACAGAGUCAACUAUGGCUGAGCCGCCAAACUCUGCCACACCUGACGCUGAUGCAGCUGUUACACAUGAAGUUGGUACACCCGAUGCACCUGCUAACCCAGAUUCCACAAAUCCUGACCUUCCAAUAUCCACUCUGUCCUCGCUGCAGUCCACAGAUGUUCCAACUGAAAGUGCUCAAAGUGAUCAAUCUGCUCAAAGUGAUCAAUCUGCAGCGCCUAAAAAUUCUCCUCCAUCUGACCUCUCGUCCUCAGAUGGAGUAACAGAACACACAACCUCCAUCCAGCAUCCCUGCCCCCCAUUGUCACACCCACCUUGUAUAGAUAGUCCAAUGAAAAUCAGCCUUGGAUCACUAAGCAAAGCGAUUGGUUGCAACUCCGCAGCACCUUCUAUAACACAGACAAUGGCACAGAACACCACUGACAGAGCUGUCUACUUGACGGGAGAAAUGAAGGACAACUGGGAGGUGGAGAGGGUAAACGAGGAGAAGGAUGUACCUGAGAGAAUCAAAGACGGCAAAGAAGACACACAGGCAGGAGAAGAGAAAGAAGAGGAGAUAAAGGAGGAAAGAGAUGAAGGACAAAUGGAAGGUGGAGCCCAAUCAGGAGGUGAGCAUAUCGAUGAAGGUCGCCAAUCCUCUGAGUGGCCAGCAGAUAGCGCCACUGCCCUAACCACAGAGCAGACAGAGAGUGCAGAAAAGGUAGAUGAUGAAAAGAGAGAUAGUGAGUUUGAGGCCGAGAAAAGAAAAGAAGACGAGGAGGAAGCAGAGGAGAAAGAAGAAAAGAAAGAACAAGACGAAGGGGAGGUUCUCCAAAGCCCUCAGCCAAUGGAAUCGCAGUCUGAGAGUGCUGCGCAGCUGCCAUUGGACAGUGUGGCUAUCAUCAGAGACCUUGUUAUUGAGAUAACUGAGGUGGAGACAGUAGUCAGCCCCUUUCCCAACAGCAGCCAUACACCCUGACAGACAGGUUACCAUGACAACUGACCGUUGGUAUCUUAUUAAAUGGUAUAUUAUUACUGAAUCACAUUUAUACUACAUUUUGAAGGAGACAAAAAUUUUGUUUUUACAUACUUUAGUCAGGAUUUCUUUUUUUUAUAAAAGCUACAGCUUCUUUCGACUUGUUGCAAUUACUGUUUGUUUUCCUGCAAACACAAAUGAAUAAAAUUACUCAAUAAAGAUGUAAAACUUGUCAACAUUA